AAUUUCUUCACCUGAUUACCUCCAAAUUUAUUGUGACGAGAUAGAUUUUUUUUGUUUAAAUCAAAUAUGACAGUUUAAUAUUUAGUCAUUUUUGUGUUUGGGGCUGUUAAGCAGAGGGUCUAGCUAUCUUUGGGAGCAGUCAGAUCAACGCGUGAGAGAACCUUUGUCAAACGCAACUGAGACGUGGAGAGCGCCUAUAAUUCAGAAUGUAGAGCGGAUAGGCCACAGUUUUCCCUUGUUUUCUCGCAUGUUAAUCGGGAGUUUUAAAUGAAGCAAUUGAAACUUAUUAAAUUUCGUAAAAAAGUUUCUCUUUUUACAUAUUAUGAACGAUCAUGAAGUUGAUGCCUGUUUUGGAUAGUUUUCUGGCUGUGUGGUUUGGAUUUCUUUGCUUAAUUCAGGAUUCUAAUUGUCAAAAGUGGCCUAAUAUUCAAAAUAAUGUGAACAGAAAAUUUGUGAGCGUACAAUAUAACAGUACAAAACAUGUGAGAGAACUACGGAUAGCUUUCAAGGGUGUUCUUAUGUUGGAGACUACCGCAUUUCUGGGUUCUAUCUACGAGACAACAUUUCAUCAAAUUACCGACGGAAGUAAACUGGUUCAAACAGUUUCCCAGAAUAAUGUUGUGAAGGACUGUGAUUAUACUACAGAUAAUUCAACCAUUCUACAAUUUGUGCAAGAUUUUGCAAAGGACUCCAAAAUAUUUUACGGAAAGGAGGAAGGUGAUGUGUUUUCUUUGUACAAUAAUUCUACUGCACGCGACACAAACUCCAGUGCUUUCGUAUUUUUUCGCAGAAGAAAAUUUUUGAAGCAGUUCAGAGAUUUGAUAAAAAUCAGACAUGACGUUAAGAUCUGCCACAGGAUCGCAAACUCUAUCAAACGUGCCCACCAUCUUCCAAAGGAAGAACCAGUUCCUGUGACGGAUGGCGAUUCGUUCCCCACCCCUUCUGAAGGAGGGACCCAGAGAAGCAAGCGAAGGAAGAGGUCCUCUCUAUUUGCCAGUUUCCUCAUGUACCCAGGCACCAAAUGGUGUGGGAGGGGGCAGCUGGCCAAGGCCAAUGACGAGCUUGGGGAGGAUAACGAGUUAGACGAGUGUUGUCGGGACCAUGACCUGUGCUCCCCCCUCAUCCACCCAUUCAACAGGAAGUUCCACUACUUCAAUUACCGUUUCCAUGCCGUGCUGCAUUGUAAAUGUGAUGAAGAAUUUCGACGCUGUCUACAGCAAUCUUUGUCGCCAAACGCCAACUUCUUGGGAAAAAUAUACUUCAACAUCAUGGGUUCAAAGUGUUUUGUACUUCGAGAUACCCAAGUGUGUAAGGCGUAUACCUGGUAUGGGACAUGCGCGGAAUACAAAAGGGACACUGUUGCGCAUAUCAAAACCCAACCGUAUUUCACAUACUUGUAGAUAUGCAUGUAACAAUUUAACUUUGCACAAUCCAAUGUAUAACAUUUUUCCUUUGCUCAGGAAUACACUGAUAUUAUAUUUUUCUUCAAAAUCAUCCAUGACAUAAGUUGAGGAAAUAUUUAUUAAAAAAACUAACAUACAUAAAAUAUAUGGCUAUUUUAUGAUUAAAAUAUACAAAAAAAACAAAGUUUGUUUAU